UCUGAAACUAACUGUUUCUGUGUAAUUGAUCAGUGGGUGAAAUAUGAUUUGUUCAAGAAGAUUAUGUGGUUAUGUUGUUUUUUUCUUCCUUCUUUCUGUUUUGAAGGUUAGUGUAAAGGGUGAACAUGGCUGACAAUGAUGGAGAAGGGAGUGGAAAGGAUUCGGGGUUACCUCACCCUAAGCUCAAUGAAAGAAUCCUUUCUUCAUUGUCAAGGAGAUCGGUUGCUGCUCAUCCCUGGCAUGACUUAGAGAUUGGACCUGGUGCACCAGCAGUUUUCAACUGUGUUGUUGAAAUUGGCAAAGGCAGCAAGAUUAAGCAUAAGCUCGACAAGAAAAGUGGCCUUAUAGUAGUGGACCGAGUGCUUUAUUCAUCGGUUGUUUAUCCACACAACUAUGGUUUCAUCCCACGAACAAUCUGUGAUGAUAGCGAUCCUAUGGAUGUCCUGGUACUGAUGCAGGGUGAAAAGGAUGACAAGAUUAUUGCAGUAUGUGCUGAUGACCCUGAGUACCGCCAUUACACUGACAUCAAGGGGAUUCCUCCACAUCGCCUUGCAGAAAUUCGUCGCUCUUACGCCCUGAUAGACAAAAAGAAUGAGAACAAGGAAGUUGUUGUUGAAGACUUUCUACCUGCUGAGGCUGCCAUCGAGGCCAUCAGAUACUCCAUGUGA